AUGGCGCUCGGUAAGAAGAACAAGAAGAAGACGCCAAUCACGGGAGUGAAAUCACAAUCGCUUUCCUCUAAGAAGACAAAAUCAAUUAUAAAUUCAUUUCACCUCCUCCUUAAAAAGAAGAAGACAAUUAAAGAUCCGAACCAGUUGAGUGAAAUUGAUAACGAGAUUGAGAAGCUGGGAGGAAUGGCUGCUUAUCAACACGCUUCUACUAUCGGACAGUCUAGCAGUCGCGGUGGUGAUUCCUCGCACGUCUUUAUCGCCUGGCUGACUGAAUUGGGUGUAAAGCGGGAGUAUUUGGGGAGUGAAGGACGUGAUAAAAUGGCGCUGCUAGAAAUCGGUGCACUAGUCCACAACAAUUACGAAAGCGAGCGGAAAUGGAUAGACACAGAGCUUAUCGAUUUAAAGUCCAAUCACCCUAUCAUACGUGAACAAGACUUUUUACAGCGACCACUGCCUCGCAACGAGGACGAUAGGAAGGAUGCUGUAUCAUCAUCGCUAGUACUCAACUUUGUACCGACACCGGUAGAAAGAGGACAAUUCUUGAUCAGGCUCAACACGUUCCUCAAACCCAACGGAUAUCUCUUUAUGGUCUUACCGGCGCCGUGCAUCACCAAUUCGCGAUAUCUGACUAGAGAUAGGUUUUUAGAGAUGCUCAACACCGUUGGAUUUACUCUAUUGAAGGAGAAAAUUGGCGAUACCAAGAAAGGCUCAAGAAUUGCGUACUGGAUGCUGAAAAAAACAGCGGAGCCUCAGAGAGGACGAGCAGAGCUAUCCAAAAAGAGCGUGUUAUUAGAAGGGGCCAAUCUCAACAAUUUUUGUAUCUUGAUUUGA